AUGCCUCGCUUGCGAGUUAUUGAUGUUAAAAACAAUCAGCUCAACGGAAGUAUACCAACAAGUCUAUUUCAAAACCGGAGAGUUCAAGUAAUUUCAUUGGCUUUCAAUGAACUCAGUGGUGAAAUGUGGAGAGGGCCAUGGUAUGUACCCGAACUCAGAGUCUUAAAUCUCAGGAAUAAUAGCCUCACCGGUAUAAUCCCUCCUUCUAUUGGAAAUGCCACAACAUUGAUGAACUUCAGUUUGUCUGGGAAUAGAGUCAGCGGCAACAUUCCAAAGGAGGUCGGUAAUCUGAGCCAGCUUGCAUUUUUUCUCUUGUCCGAUAAUCAACUAACAGGUUCCAUUCCCGCAACACUGUUUAAUAUCUCGUCACUACUUGCCGUAUCUGUGUUACACAAUAGCCUUUCUGGUCCUCUGUUGCUAGAUGAAGGCAAUAUUGUGUCAAAUCUGUACUUUUUUAAGUAUAUCUCACAACCAAAUUUCUGGUUGCAUUCCUUCCAACAUAUGCCAACUCACAGAGCUCAAAGUUUUGUCCAUAUCUUACAACAAUAUAACUGGAGACAUACCCCAGAAAUAUUGGUUGUUUAUUCCAAACUCGAGGAGUUUUAUAUUGGUGAUAACCUAAUAAAAGGGACUAUUCCCACUUCAUUGGGAAAUAUUUCCACUCUGCAUAAUCUUCACUGUCGAAACAAUCAGAUAGUAGGGGGGAUUCCUCCGGAAUUAGGGAAGCUAUCAAAUUUGAGGGAAUUAAGCUUUGACAAUAAUUCUAAUCUUAUUGGUCAAAUUCCAGAGGCUAUUUUCAACAUAUCUUCUUUGGAAGUGAUUGGUUUCAGUUUCAAUAACCUCUCCGGGAGAAUUCCAACCACUACAGGUCUUCAUCUUCCCAAUCUUGAAGGACUUUACUUGGGAGCAAAUCAGUUCAAAGGGGAAAUUCCAUUGAACUAUUCCUAA